AUGCAAGUUGCCGCCGACGCCCUUCUCGUGGAAUGUGUGGUCACGAAGACUGAUAACCUGCCUUUGGCGAUGCUCUUCGCCGGUGCCCCCGGUAGUGGCAAGUCGGAACUUGCCAUCAAAUUCGGCCCUCUAUAUGGCAUGAGCACGAUGCGGAUCAGCUGUGCAGAAACGACCGCGACCACGGAAACACUUUUCGAAAGUGGACCUGUCAUUGGCUCUUCCUUACUGGCUUUGAAUGACUUCCUCUCGGAGAAUCAAGGACAGCGGAGCAUAGUGGUGUUGGAGCGCAUUGAAAAUGCCUCCAAGGGAUUUCAGGCUGUUAUCCUUGCCAUUCUGUCUUCUGGCGAGGCAAUUCCGCGACCGCCGAUCAGAUACCUCUGUGCAUUGCGGCCGAGACGAGCUUUUUUGGCACAUUUGGUCAUUGUCCCCUUCUUCUGCCUUAUCCCACCCCAGCAGGAGCAGAUCGUCGUCCUCGAAUUGAACAAACUGGCGAAGCGUGCCGCGAUGAAGGCAUCUCAGAAACCCCCUACUUUCGGCAACGUGCAACUGAAGAUCCUCGAUCCCAAGGCCGUGAUUGCGUAUAUCCUCGAUGCAGGAUACACGGAGGAGGGGGGCGCCCGCAGCAUCUAG